AUGAUGGGCCACUGGUUGAGCGUAGGGGCGCAGCGCCACCACGAGAGGGCGGCCGAGCAGCAGCAGAUGGCUCUAUUACUGAUUAUCGCUCCCAAGUUCGAGGGGCCCGCGGUGUACAGUGAUGGUACAGACGUGGUCAAAUUGCACAACAAGAGCCCGAGAGAGCAGUUGCUGCCAAGCAGCGGUAUGGGGGAGUACGUAAAGGACGAGGUCGCCGCGGAGCGAAGGCUGCGGGACUGGGUGAAGAGGUCCUGUUGCGUCGGGCUCCAGGCCGCCCGCGCGCAGAUCCUGCGGAUGCGCGCGGAGCUGCAGGCGGCCAGGGCAGCACAGUCGAGGAACCCAUCCGGCCAGGAGGUCCUCGCCGACGGCGAGGCGGCGUCCACCGCCGAGACACUGCACGCGCCCGACCUGGUCGAGGCAGACAGGCGCAAGGCCGAGGAGCGAAGCUUGCGCCUGGAGGCGCGCAUGCUGAGGCAGGAGCUGGCCAAGUGCAAACACAGGGAGCAGACCCUCGAGGCUGGACGAGGGAUGCAGGACACCCAGCUGCGGGAGCUGGCGCCCCGCCUGGCGAGGGCGAGGGACGCGCUGGGGCUCGCCCGGAGUGCGGCGCUGCACCACAAGGACAUGAUCAACCUCAGUGAAGAGUUCGAGGUCGACGAGAUUUCUCUGCGGCGCUACAUUUUCGCACGCGGCGUGACAUUCUCUCGGCCUUCUGCUGGGCGCUCGGGCCGUCCGACCAGAGCUUGGGUCAAUGCUACGAUCGGGCGGUGCACCCAGGCCGCGACGGCAUUGCACUGCGCGCGAAUGGCCACCAUAACGUCCGACAUGCCCCAGAUCGCGGCGUUGCGCGCCGAGCAGCUCGGGCUGGCCAGCGGCGCGACGCCGCUCUGGGACCUCGUGGAGUACAACGCCCACUACUUCAACCCGCACCGGAUGGCCCCCAUACUCACGAGCCUGCUGGAGGAGCCCUCGCACGAGGUGCGCAAGGACGCCAGGCUGGGCCGUUACCUGCAGCACGCCCGAGCAUCUGUGAACCUGUACGAGAACAUCAAAGACCUGACUGCCAAGGACAUUGCAACCGCGGUCAUUGCGGCGCGGGAGCUCGGACACUCCGAGGCGGAGGAACUCUCCGACGCGCUGGUAAGCACGGUGUCUGCGCAGCUUGGCGCCCUGUCCGCGCAGAGGGUGUCGUUCUUCAUCACCGCCUUCGCGAAGCGGCGCGUGCCGGACAGGCAGUUCUGGCGGUCGGCAGCCAAGGCCAGAAGACCCAACAGCUGCAUAAGCGAACCCUCAGGAGGUCCGCGCAGAUCUCCUAGGCCAACGCUGAACGCCCCCUCGCCGCACGCCUGGCGACGCCUCCAGCGCCAGCAGGAGUCUGGCGCCGACCCAAGAAGUCCGCGCGGACCUCCGAAAGUGUAUGUUUCUGCCUUAUGCCUUUGCUGUCCGUCUCAAGGCGGUAGCCGAGUCUACCGAGCACCUCAGCCCGCAGGUUCUGGUCAGCCUCUUCGACGCCUUUCGCAAAAGCGGCCUCCGCUCGGAGCGCCUGUACGGUGUCCUGUGCCACAGGGUGUACGGCGUGCUCGAGGACUCAUCCAUCCUCUUUUCCUCCUACUGAUCAUCCUCCUCUUUCUGAUCCUCCUAUGCCUACUCCUCCUCCUCCUCCUCCUCCUCCUCCUCCUCCGCCUCCGCCUCCGCCUCCGCCUCCUCCUCCUCAGGACUCAGGAUGCGGACUCUUGGUUCCCUCUAUGGGGAUGCGGCCCUCGAACAUGA